AUGAAGACUCGGCAAACUCGGACCACGUCACCUCCACCAAUGGAAAUACCAAGCACUAUUAAGGCGGAAUGGGCUCGAAUCCAAGCCUUUCACCAAGCCACAGAGGACAAGUUCGAGGCCGGCAUACGCAGACUGCUCAAGGAGCGCAGUACCCGGCUUGAAAAUGCCCACCGACGCCGCGAAGCUUUGAUCAAGAAGGCUGCGGAGUCCACCCCGGCCAUCGGCGAGCGCCUUUGCACGAAGCCCGAGUUCCAGCUCAAUACAGUGGACAUAUAUGUCUUUGACGACGCCUACGUGAGAUUUGGCCGCGAGUCUACGACGGCUGUCUCCGAGCCUCCGCCAUUAUCGCCACACCCAAGUGAAAACAGACCUACUGCCCAACCCUGUAUAACCCAGAUCGACGUCGAACGGCGGCAUUUAUGGGUGUUCGAGUACGAGAUGGAUCGGUUUCGUGGGCUCUUUACACUUCGAUGCCCCAAUGAAAGCUGCAAAUCGCCUACCUUCACCACGGAUCCUCUGAGGAACGAGAGUGGAAUGGUACAUCUCCGGCUCUGUGGCCUAAAGUUUUCUGACGAAAAGGACAUGAUCUGUCAGUAUGCUCGUCUCGGUCAGUGCGCUUGUCUACGUCCCUCUCGUUACCAAUCCUCGUGCUGUCCUUCGCUGCUAAUAGUUUCUUCGGCUCGAUAA